AUGUCUAUAGCUAACAAACAAACAUUAGCAACAGCUAAAAAUCUAAUUAUAAUUCUCUCAUCAAUUCUCUGCGUGUGUCUAAAACUGCAACCGAGUCAUAUCAAUUGUCAUCCCGACACUAACUCGCCGUUGGGAAAUAUAACAAUUAGUCCUAAUCUUGCAAUUCUACCCGACAAACUCUGUUUUGUAUGGAUCUCAAUUCGAGAUACAAAUUUGAGAAAAUUCAACCUUCCGAAAUAUCAUCGCUACGGUAUAGAACUACGGACCACCAAGUUUUCAAGUCAUGCACUUAUUUGCAUUUUACUAUCUGGCGAUAUUGCUACUAAUCCUGGUCCUAACACUGCUCCUUCUACCGGCUUAAAUGUUCUUUAUCUGAAUGCUCGAAGUAUUAAAGCUUUCGUCCCCCUUGAUGAUGACCCUUCACGCAAAAUUUGCAAAAUGUCCAUUCUACAGGAGUUGGUUUAUAGUAAUGACUAUGAUGUUGUCUCUAUAUGUGAAACAUGGCUGAACGACUCAGUUAUGUCGGCAGAAAUCCUUACGGGCUACAACAUUUAUCGGAAAGAUCGACCUGGCAGAACUGGUGGAGGUGUCCUAAUUGCUGUUAAGUCUGACAUCCGAUCCAGUCAUCGAAAAGACCUCGAGAGAGACAAUAUCGAAUUCGCUGUUGUUGAACUCGUUAAGGAUUACAAUAAAUCAGUUAUUCUCUACACAGUAUAUCUUCCAGAACUUCAACAAGAUGAACUGCAUCAACUCAAUUCAUCUUUACAAGAGAAUUCUGAAUCAGCUUCUGUGGUCGUAGUUGGCGAUUUUAACCUUCCCACCCUCAACUGGUCACCUGAUGAAUCUUCUCUUGAACACAACUGGGGAUCAACAGAGAACAAUGAAUUCUGCAUCCUUAUGAAAGAUAAUUUUCUCCAACAGUUUAUUAAAGGGCCUACUCACAUAGCAGGAAACAAACUCGAUUUGCUACUAUCAAACUGGCCUGAAAUGAUUGAGCAUGUUUCCACUCUCACCCCGAAGGAAAGCACAUUUCCCUCUGAUCAUUACCUAGUGAAUUUUUCCAUACGGCUGAAGUUUAAACGAGCAAGGCGUGUUCAGCGCAAAGCUUACAAUUACAAGAGAGCAGAUUUUCAAGAUCUUCAUAGACUUUUACAGAAUGCUACACUAGAUAUACCCCUUUCUGACAAUAUUAAUAUUUCCUGGUCUCGGUGGAAGGAUUUAUUUCUAGCUGCAGUAGAAAAAUGCGUUCCUGUUAAAGUCAUUAAAGAUACAAACUCUCCUCCCUGGAUUGAUGGAGAAAUCAGGCACCUAAUGCGAAAAAAGUAUCGAGCUCUCAAAAAUUAUCGCAAAACUAGAUCCGAAGAACGUAAAAAAAAACUCAGAUCUCUAAGUAAUUCCAUGAAAAUCCUUGUUCGACGUAAACAUCGUGAUUACCUUCACAAAAUCGAAGGUUCCUUCAGUGAAAAUCCUAAAUUAUUUUGGAACUAUCAUAAAGCACUAUUACAUCAUCGCUCAGGGGUUGUCUCUAUUAUUACGAGUAAUGAAAUAACAGCCAAGACACCAGCAGAGAAAGCUGAACUAUUUAACACGUACUUUUGCUCUGUUUUUACUUCACCCAGCGCAGUGUCCAGUUUGCCCUCUUCCCCCAUAAGAUCGGAUAUAGAAAUCUCUGAUAUAGAGCUAACAGUGGAAGAAGUGUCAGCUUGUUUGUCUAGUUUAGACACAUCUAAAGCCACCGGUCCUGACGGGAUACCCGCACGCAUCCUAAAGGAAUGUAGCACGGAAAUCGCACCAAGUCUUUGUACUUUGUUCAAUCACUCUCUACGCAUUGGGCGUUUCCCUGCAGAAUGGAAAAAUGCCGACGUAACACCAGUCCAUAAGAAGGAUAAUAAAGAACCUGCUGAAAAUUACAGACCUAUCUCUUUAUUGCCGAUAGUAAGCAAGGUGAUGGAACGGUGCGUCUGUAACAGGUUCUAUUCCCAUGUCUCACAUCUAAUUACUUCUCUUCAGCACGGUUUUAUGCGUAAUCGAUCAUGUGUAACACAGCUUCUGUCUGUUCUCCACUCCAUUGGAAAAUCACUUGACCAAAACACUCAAACAGACAUUUUAUACUUGGAUUUUGCUAAGGCUUUUGACUGUGUAGACCAUGUUAUUCUCAUAGAAAAGCUUAAAUGGUAUGGCGUAACGGGGAAUCUUCUUAACUGGUUUACUGACUAUCUUAGCGAUAGAUCGCAGAGAGUUGUGAUAGAGGGUGUAGCUUCUCGGUACCUACCCGUUACUUCUGGUGUUCCCCAGGGAAGCAUUGUAGGACCUCUGCUGUUUGUUAUUUUUAUCAAUGACCUACCUGAUAUUAUCCAGGAACAGACAAGAACCGGCCUCUUCGCAGAUGACACCAAAUUGUACCGAUCAGUAAAAUCCCCUAGCGACUGUGAAAGUUUGCAGCAUGAUAUUUCGAACUUGAACAAUUGGAGUCAUAACUCUAACAUGAAAUUUAACGCCUCCAAGUGUAAGGUAUUAACAAUAACUCGAAAAAAAUCACCUGUAAUUACUGACUAUCGUCUGGGUAAUGUAAUUUUACAACGCGCUCACCAAGAAAAAGAUCUGGGAAUUAUUGUCAAAAGCAACUUAUCCUGGGAUUCUCACAUUUUCUCAAUCGUCAGUAAAGCCAACAAGAUGCUUGGUAUCUUAAAGAGAACUUGUCCCCUGAUUAGAGAUACUAAAGUUAGGCGAACACUAUACCUGACUUUGGUAAAAUCAAAGUUGUGCUACGCAACGGAGGUGUGGUCCCCAGCUAAUGUGAAGCUACAAGUUGCAUUAGAAAGAGUUCAAAGGCGCGCUACACGUUGGAUCCUCAAAAGUAAAGUUGGAGAAAUGUCUUAUGAAGAUAGACUGAAAACUCUCAAUUUAUUGCCACUAACUUACGAUCGAGAAAUCAGAGAUCUUGUCCUGGCCUAUAAAUGUAUUUUCGGCCACACUGAUUUGAACAUUGAACAUUUUGUGUCAUUUAUACAUCAUAAUCGAACUCGUACUCAGAAUCCAUCUCUAAUGUUAAAAUCUCCUUACUGUAGAACAUCCACUUUCCAAGGAUCGUUCUUUAACCGAAUAGUUAAAACUUGGAAUAAUGUUGGAAAAAUAGCCUCUCCUGAAAAGUUCGCCAGUUUAACAAUUUUUAAAAGCUUUCUGCAUGUGACAUACACCGCAUUGGUCAACAGUACUUUUAAUGUUGAUAUGGCAUGCACUUGGUCGCUCACAAGAGACUGCCCCUGCCACCGUUCUUAA